AUCACAACGCCGGGAAACCCACACAUGGGCUUCAUCGUUCGCUGGUUCGGGGGUCGAAGGGCCCUGAGUGUUGUGAAGCUUGGAGCGCGAUUCCUCGAGGCAAACGAAUAGUCGCCCCCGCUGUUGGCGUGGUUGGGAUGGGCAGAAGUGAAGAAAGAUAUGAUACGCGAUAUUGGCGCCUAUGUUCUCGUUGUCGUGCUGCUGCGUCAUGGACGUAGGCAUUCUGCCGAUGGAGCUGAUCUUGUUGCCCUUGGCAACCGCCCAUCUGCCCCUGGAUGCGACAACGACGAGCACGCGAUCCGCGAAAGCCACGCCCCCCCAUCGACAGCAACGUCGCGCGCGCGAGCUCUCGUCAGCGCGGUCCGGCCGACGUUUCGCGUGCUCGCGAACACCAUCGCAGGCUCCCCUGCGGUCGUGGACCCCUGAGGAGGAGGCCAAGCUGUGCAGGUACUACAGCUCGGAGAUGCACACAAGGCUAGCUUCGUCCUGCCCACGUUCGCCGCCCACGAGGCGUGACAACGAGCCUAACACUCAGCGCACCUCUCGCGCUUUUUUGCGUCCCCACUCCCCACUUCCCUACGGGCAUCCUCCUCAAGUGGCACGACAGUACCACAACGCCAUGCCACGAGAGCAUGGUUUCCCAGGGAAUGGGCGCCGGUAGAGCACAUGGCGUCAUGAUCCUCGUACCAGCCUAGGCAGGAGACGAGAC